GUUGGAGAGAUAAAUGUUUCCGCUUGCGUAUGCACGCGACGCGUCGAUAAAACGGCGGCGGCCGCACUCUUCGUCAACAGCGGUGUCGCCUCUCACUCGAGAACGCUCAAGCCGGCACGCCCAGUGUCUUCGUCCUCGGAGGCACGCCAUGUUGCCGUCAAUGUGUUCUCAACUCAUCCUGGCAAGUGCCCUGUUUGCGGUGCUGACCUCUCAUAUAAUCGCCGCUCAAGUAGAGGAUUUGCCGCCAUUUGAAGAGCUGAAGGGUUGCUCAACUUAUGAAAUAUUUUCCUGCUACCAACAAUACACAAGGCUCCUAAGCUGGGUGACACUUGUGGAGAACAGUGAAGGCCGAUCCGUUGCUGAAGCUUACAGGAAAGCGUGCAGUGACUUCACAGAGACCUCCAACUGCUACGCCGGCUUGACUCGUUGUUCAGAAAACUUGAGGGCAAACUUCACCCGCAGAGAGAAUGGUUACCGAGCGUUGCGUGCCCUGGUGUGCGACACGUCGACAUUGCAAGGUUACGUCAUGACUAGAAACUGCACAAACGUCGAGGAGUUCAAGGCAUGCGCUGAUGAAUACAAGGAACUCUUUAAUGCAACAUAUGAUGACCCUUAUUCUCCCGAAUUACCAUGUAGUAUAAACAGAAUGGAAAAGGCCUGCUACGAGAAAGGCCUCAACUCACCUUGUGCUGUGUCCCUGGAACGGAGGAAGCAGAUUUGCAUAAGGAUUCUGGACAUGUUCGCCGAGCUCUAUGAUUGCCGAGCAUCUGGACAUUCUACCGUGGCUCCCCUGCCGUGGUUCUUUGCGCUAGUGACAGUGCCUGCAACUCUGUACGGUAGAGUGCAAGUUGGAUAGCUCGCAAAGUUGGAAAAACAAAAACGUAAUCACAAAGAGUAAUAUAGAUGGCAGUGCGUAUUUUCACAAAUCCUGAAUAAGUUAUAAGUUGGGAAAAUAUAUAAAAAAAUAAAUGCGCGAGUUUUAUUUCUGUGCAA